AUGGCAGCUUCGGCUGGGCCUGCGACAGCCUACGAGAGCCAGACAUUUGAUCGAAGCGUAUCGAUCGCAGUUGAUGACGAUAUCGGCGCAGCCUCCAUCUCCCCAGCAGGCCGUGAUAUCUGCUUGGCCAGCCGGACAGGACUGCGUAUUCUAGAUCUCGACAACUUAUAUACACCUCCGCUGUUCAUUGCCAAUCAAUCAUCAUGGGAUGUUGCAGAUGUCCAGUGGUCGCCAUUCGCUGCGCGUGCAGAAUGGAUCGCAUCGACUCGAAACCAGUUGGCGCUCGUUUACAAUCUGUCCAUGCCACACAACUCCAAGAAAGCUCCCAUCGAGUACACGCUACGAGCCCAUGACCGCGCAAUCACCGAUAUCAACUUCUCCGCUCAUCAUCCGGAUCUUUUGGCUACCUGCGGCAUCGAUAGCUUUGUCUUCGUUCAUGACUUGCGCUCCCAACGAACACCACUCAAACUUGCAGACUUUACAGCAGGAGCAACCCAGGUAAAAUGGAAUCGUCAGAAUGAUAAGAUCAUUGCGAGCGCGCACGAUAAGCAUCUUCAUAUUUGGGAUGUCCGCAAAGGCGCUACACCGCUCACCACCAUCGUUGCCCACAGCACCAAGAUCUAUGGCAUCGACUGGAACCGCUCUGAUCCUUCUAAGAUCCUGACAUGCUCUCUAGACUCGACCAUCAAGCUAUGGAAUCAUGUCGGCAAGACUGCAACAACAAACACGCCUCGACGUAUCAUCCACACUAACUACCCAGUCUGGAGAGCUCGGCACACCCCAUUUCCACAUGGUAUCAUCGCUAUGCCACAGCGUGGCAACUCUAGUCUAUGGCUCUACAAGCACAUCAAUGAUAGCAGCAGGGACGCAUUCAUUGAUGAAGCCGCCCAUGAGUUCCGUGGACACAAGCCUGAUACCCAGGUUCGAGAAUUCUUGUGGCGAGUUCGAGGAGGCACAAAUGAUUAUAUCGACGACAGAGAAUUCCAACUGGUAUCUUGGGGCACAGACCGGUACUUGCAUCUUCAUCGCGUGGGACCGGAACUUCUGGACAAAUCUGUCGGAUUUCGAAAAGGCGAAUCGAGACUCGAGGAACCCAAUCUUAUGCGGAGAGGGGCCGCAUAUGUCACAUACCGCGAUGGUCCCAUACCAACGCAGACGACCAAUGCCAAGGGUGAGAUAACAUCACCACGCGUACCACCGAAGGGCAAUUUGUCUACCCUCCUUCAGAACUACUCGCUCCACAACGAUGUGUUCAGCUCGCGGCACGCUGGCAACAUUCGAGCUCAAACCAUAGUGGACAAUCAGAAAGCGCGAGAAACCAUGACUGCUAUUCCAAUACGUCGUAAUAAGAGUCGUGUAGUUACUCAAAUCAAAUGGAUGGAUGGCGUCAAGUUCGGAGGCCAACAUGACAAGACUGAGAACAUACGAACUCCUUCAGAAGAGAGGGAUCGUGAAGACAAGAGCUCCAACCAAGAACAAGCCGAUCUAGGAGCCGAGAUCUCGCAGGUUGGCAGCAAAUACAAGAAGCUGGAGUUCGAGAACAUCGAUGUGCCAAACCGUCAGUUGACUGUCGCGUUCAACGGGCCGUGGGGCGAGUACGAGCAGGCUACUGAUGAGGUCAAACUUGUCUUCUUGCGACUGACCAUCAAGUUCCCGGCGAACUACCCGAAAGCCGUCGAGAUUGAGACAGAUGUUGGCCCUAUCCGCACCACAACGCCUCUAGAUAUCGAUUUCGAAAAGACUACAGCGUCCAUACCGAGAGAGAACCAAGAAGAGCUGGUGGAACGCAUGCAUCAAAUUGCAGAAACGUGUGCCAGCCAGGAGCGCGAGGCACUGGAUGCUACCCUCUCUUAUGCCCUUGGGGAGCGUGGAUUCGAAGACAGUCUUCACCUUCCUGAAGAUCACCGCUCAUCAGACGAACUUGAUGAUUUGCGGGAAGAGGAGAGCUCCAGUGAAGAUGAUGAGAACGAGGGCGAGUUCACGAACGAUGUCAUGCAGUCGUCGCACACAAACGCCAAUGUGCCACUGCCUGUCCAGUGUUCAGUCCGCUUCUCCGCUUCUGGGUCGCUUGUGGUGGCCAGGAUACCUCUAAUCAGGAUGCCGCCACUUCUCACUGCUAGCCCGUUCCGCAUCAACCGAAAUAUCCGACAUGGACCGCCCAAGGACGAUAUUUUCGAUUCAUUCGGUCGAUUCGCAUCUCGUGACGCCGAGGAGUCAGAUGGGGGCUCCUCACUGGAAUCUUCGGAGGCAUCGUGGGAGUCUUCGAGCUCACCAUCAUCCGCAUCAGGAUCAGAGCCUAUAGUUGAAGCGCACCUAGGCACGUUCCAGCCACCGAUAGCGUGGCAGAAAGCAGGAAGGUUUCAAUCUCGCAAUUCACUACCCUCCUCGAACGGCGCUGCAAAACCAGCAGCUAGAAACAGAUUCAUCGUUUCCAUUCUCUCCGCAGCCGUCGAUGAUCUGGUGCCCAGCAAACGUGUCCUCGCAGAACAGUACCGCAUCUUUGGGCCGGGACCAGAAGUGUGUGAGCACAAUGCUGAUGUGGCGAGGAAAAAUGGCCUAGACGAUCUGUCAGACAUCUGGAUGCUUUGUAAGCUGAUUCUUAGCAACGAAGUACCUUUAGAGAUACUUCCGCAACCGCAUCGAAGAGAACAGAUCGUUGUACUAGCUCGCCGAGCUCUUGUAAGGAUCAAGCGCAAGGACAGCGGUCUUGACCUUCAAUUCGACGAUGCAGACACCGUCUUGAAUCCUCGUCUCAAAGGACGUAUCAAAUGGGGCCAUCAUGCUGUUGUGACUUGGCUCAUACCAGCUUUGUUUGAUCACUUCGAGCGCCUUGCCGAUACGCAGAUGCUUGCAAUGCUGUCCUGCAUUUUCGCAGAGCCUGCUGCUCGCGAAGGUGUCACUUCAGCCAUGGCGAAGAUGAGACGCUCACAUCUCCCAAUGUCGAUGACUGCCCCAGCAUUCUCGCUGGACUACUUUGCAUCCCAAGAGAUAGCAUGGAGCCUCUUUAAUCCAACUAUCUCCGUCCCAUCUACGCCAUCACAUUCGCGCUUUGCGACACCAGAAAACUCAUUUUCGUGGCAGAAACUUGACACUUAUGGUAGCCACAGUAGCUCGAAUGGCCAAUGGGGCAGCGAUACGAUGGCUUCUGGGCCCGUUAUACCCUACUCCACCGAUAACACGCCACCUGUCGUAUCUAGGUCUUCAAUAAUAAGGAACGCCCACACGACAACGCACACGCCGUACUCUACAUCGCCAGAGCAAAGCCAUCACAAUCUCAAGCGUGCUUCGACAGCGAACUUUGCAAGCGCUAUCGCUACUUUGUCCCGGCCGUUCGCGAACGCAAUGUCGGCGUCACCACCUAUCAGGUCUCGUAUUGAUGAUCUGUCAACAUCAGCGCCAACAAGCGGAGUCACAUGGGGCACAACAACGUUCUAUGGCAGUGACUCCCAAGAUCGCAAUACCCUUGCGCCAGCACGUAUCGGACACCACAAACGUGCCAGUUUCGCGGAACCGGAACGCAUUAAUGCCGACGACCUCUACGAUUCAGACGAGGAAGAUGAGAAGCCCACCGAGAGCGGUACUGCUCCGUACGAUGGCUCGUCUGAGCAUCGGUCGUCUGUUACGAGGAUCGUUGGCGAUGGUGGCGAGUCAGGGAGACGAAUCAGGGUCACGCUCAAGAACCAGGAUCAGUUCGACGAUGAAUCCUGUCUAAGUAGGCCUUUACUGGAUAUGAGUAAGGACUGGCUGUAUCGCGCAUGGAGAGAGCAGUACGCCGAGAUGCUGAGUGGCUGGCAAUUAGUUCGGACGAGAGCAGAGGUCUUGAAAUUCAAUGGGUUGGUGUCCUACUUCCCGCCAGAUGACUCACACAGUAGCUCGAAAGCGGGCUCACUGCAUCUUGCACUGAAGAGAGGACAUGCAGACGGGGAUGAGGACAACAAAUCGAGGCAGCGCUCACGGACAUCGACAACCCUGAUGCCACCUUCGCCUGCACCCGGGCCACGCUCGCCAGCAAUACCUCAAAGGCAAUUCUCCCUUAAUCCCGAGGCAACAGCCUUUGAGCCAGGGCAGUCAGCAUUCGACCAGCCCGAAGACAUACCCGGCUCAUUCGAUGUCCUCAUUGCCUCAGAGAAGUAUCUACGAAUCUCUAUCCCGGGUCCUAUCCCGAACAAAGAACUUGAUGAGAGUGUAGCUGGCCUUGGCACAUCGCUUGGGCAGGCAAGCCUACACCCUCGACAAGGCAGCAGACCUGGUAGACCAAAUUUCUCACGUGGCACGUCCAACGUAUCUGGAUCCUCGAUAUUGAUCGGCAACCGUGCGCCAUCAAUUGCGCCUACAAAAACCACGUCCAAGCCUGCUACAGCGGAGCCCGCCUACAGCUGCAGUAUCUGCUGGAUCAAGGUCUCGGGUCGCUUCCGCCUCUGCCCCUCGUGCGGCCACGUUGCUCACUUCGACUGUAUCGAUGACGAGCUAGGUAUGGAGGAAGGCGAAUGUGACGUUGGCUGCGGAUGUGGCUGCGGCUUCGAAGUUGAAGACGAGCGAACUAGGAUGGAGGCAUACAUCGACGAGGUCAGAGCCGCUACUGCUUCAGGUGUCACUUGGGAAGACGGCAAUGCAUGGAUGAAUAUGCUGCCUCCGGACUCAGAACUUGCGACGCCCAGUGCCUUCUCAGAUAACGGAAUAUUCGAUGGUUUCACAUGGGGAAGAGGAGUUUCGAAACUUACAAGCAACGGCAAUAGCAAGGGAAAGGAGAACCCGAGCGGGAGAGGAACACCAAGUCCAACGCCUACCCCAGCAAAGAAAAAGAAAAGCAAGAAGAAACCCAGGGCUUCAGGACUAAGCUACUACUAG